GUACCCAGAGGAACAGAAAGGCUGGGGAGUGCCUGUUAAUGGCUGACAGCUACAUUGAAGAAUCAGAGCAUUUGCCUGAGAAAGAGGAAUCUGUGGAGUGGGGUUAUGAAGAAGGAGUUGAGUGGGGGCUGAUCUUUCCAGAUGCUAAUGGAGAAUACCAGUCUCCUAUUAACUUGAAUUCAAGAGAAGCGAAGUAUGACCCCUUACUACUGGAAGUACGUUUAUCACCCAACUAUGUGGUAUGUCGUGAUUGUGAAGUCAUCAAUGAUGGACACUCAGUCCAGAUCCUUCUAAAGUCUAAAUCAGUGUUGGUAGGAGGGCCGUUGCCUCGGGGGCAUGAAUUUGAACUGCACGAUGCUCGAUUUCACUGGGGCAGAGAAAAUCAGCGUGGCUCUGAACACACUGUUAAUUUUAAAGCUUUUCCCAUGGAGUUACAUUUAGUUCACUGGAACUCCACCAUGUAUCGCAAUAUUGAUGAAGCUAUCGGAAAGAAGAACGGCAUAGCUAUUAUUGCUUUAUUUGUGCAGAUAGGAAAGGAACACGCAGGCCUAAAGGCUGUGACUGAGAUCCUGCAAGAUAUCCAGUAUAAGGGAAUGUCCAAGACAAUACCGUGUUUUAAUCCCAACACACUUUUACCAGACCCACUGUUACGAGAUUAUUGGGUGUAUGAAGGCUCCCUCACGGUUCCACCCUGCAGUGAAGGUGUUACUUGGAUCUUAUUUAGAUAUCCUUUAACUGUAUCCCAACUUCAGAUAGAAGAGUUUCGAAGGCUGAGGACACAUGUUAAAGGGGCAGAACUUCUAGAAGGCUGUGAUGGAAUUUUAGGAGAUAACUUCAGGCCAACCCAGCCACUUAGCGACAGAGUCAUAAGGGCUGCCUUCCAGUGGUAGAGACAAAUGGUGAAAACAAUAAUAAUGUAGGCCCCCAACUGAGAAAACAGAAGGUUUGACACGAUGUCCUUCAUUCAUCAAUGUUACAGAACCAGGAUGCAAUCUAGAACCUUGUCUCUUUAGUUCCUUACCAUUCUUUGUAAAUAAUAUAACAUCAGCUGCUCUUAAGCGGCUUUGAAAUUGCACUAAGUGCUCAAAUGAAUUUGAGCCUUUAUCAGAGCAAAGUUUGUUAUUUUCUUGGAGCUGACCUAGGUUAUGUUCACCAUAACCUACAUUUUGGUAUCUGCUAUACUACUCUGUUAAUUCAGAUGACUUCCUACUCUUUUACCUGAUGCUAGUGGUCUUAUCCAACUGUCAGACAUCUAGGCCUAGCCCAUCUGGAACAGGAUAGUCUGUUACUGGUUCAUUAUACUGUGUGCAAAUUCUUUUUUUCUGGAAGAGUUCAGAAAUUAUAAAGUUUAUUUGGAUUUGAAGGGCUUCUCCGAAAGGAAAAGUCCAAUACAAUAUUAUACCCAUCUCAAAUGUGAACUCAUUUCUGUUCUCUGUUCUGUGUACUCUACUUCUCCAUGUCUAAAUACAGGAAGAAGUGGAAGAUAACUUCAGGUGCGUAUUGCCAUAUCAAAAGAGGGGGAUCUUAUGGUCUGAAUACACAAUCACCAUGUUUUUGUUACACUCCAGAGGUUUGGGAACCUGGUUCUGUCAGUUUAUAGUGCCUUGCUGAGCCUUUUCUCCCUGUAGCACUUUUGCAUUGUUUUAAAACUUGAUACCUCACUCCCCACACUCAUCACCAAAUAAUUUAUGACUGCCUAAUAGCUUCAACGCACAUGAGGCUUUGGUUGCUGUUUUUAUGGGACAGACCUGAACUAAAAUUUUAGGGGAACUCUCAAAGCAAAUUACUGAAUUAGCAUUUCUUCCCCUGGUAAGUACCUGUGUCAAAACCUUUUGUAAAGGUGGAGAAGCUGGUUCUAAGGGUUACAGCAUGAUACAAAGUUUCUCUGUAAAGGUGCUUACAUGUUAUGUUAUACUUUUUCUAAUAUUUUGUUCCAUUAUUCCAAAAAUUUUCUAACACUAUAAGGAUUAUUCAUAUGUUACAUACAAAUAUAUAUAAAAGUGGUUGCAGUAUCAUGCUUACAUGCUUUCCCAUGCUAAUCAUCUAUGUUUAUGAAGUACAGUGGUGCCUCGCAAGAUGAAAUUUAUCUGUUCCAUGG